AGGAGGUGUUUUAGCGGGGACUACGAUCCAGGCUGGAGUCGCGCUCGGCGGGUCUGAGCGCUGGCGCUGUUGGGACGCCGCGGGGUCCCCGCCAGCCCAGGGCACUCGGCGCGGGGAUCUGCGCACCUAGCUCUCCCUUCCCGAUGCCGCCGCCCGGCUGCUGAUCGCCGCACCACCUUCCCUCAUCGGCUUGGGUCGGUGGAGGUCCCUGCAGAGGCAGGAAGCCUCCUUCGGAAAGCAGGGGUAAGCGAUGGAGGUAAAUUGUUUAACACUAAAAGACCUGAUCAGCCCCAGGCAGCCCAGACUGGAUUUUGCAAUUGAAGAUGGGGAAAAUGCACAAAAGGAAAAUAUAUUUGUUGAUCGCUCAAGGAUGGCCCCAAAGACUCCAAUAAAAAAUGAACCAAUUGAUUUAUCAAAGCAAAAAAAGUUUACUCCAGAAAGAAAUCCCAUUACUCCAGUGAAGCUUGUUGACAGACAGCAAGUGGAACCAUGGACACCUACAGCUAACCUGAAGAUGCUCAUUAGUGCUGCCAGCCCAGAUAUAAGGGACCGGGAGAAGAAAAAGGGACUAUUCCGACCCAUUGAAAACAAGGACGAUGCAUUUACAGAUUCUCUACAGCUUGAUGUUGUUGGGGACAGUGCUGUGGACGAAUUUGAAAAGCAAAGGCCAAGCAGAAAACAGAAAAGUUUAGGACUCCUGUGCCAGAAGUUUCUAGCUCGCUAUCCAAGUUAUCCCUUGUCAACUGAGAAAACUACCAUCUCCCUAGAUGAAGUUGCUGUCAGUCUUGGUGUGGAAAGGAGACGCAUCUAUGACAUUGUAAAUGUGCUGGAAUCGCUGCAUCUGGUCAGCCGGGUGGCUAAGAAUCAGUAUGGCUGGCAUGGACGGCACAGCCUGCCAAAAACCCUGAGGAACCUCCAGAGACUAGGAGAGGAGCAGAAAUAUGAAGAGCAGAUGGCCUACCUCCAACAGAAAGAGCUGGACCUGAUGGAUUAUAAAUUUGGAGAACGUAGAAAAGAUGGCGAUCCAGAUUCCCAGGAACAACAGUUAUUGGAUUUCUCCGAACCCGACUAUCCCUCUUCAUCUGCAAACAGUAGAAAAGACAAGUCUCUGAGAAUUAUGAGCCAGAAGUUUGUCAUGCUGUUCCUCGUCUCCAAAACCAAGAUUGUCACUCUGGAUGUGGCUGCCAAAAUACUGAUAGAAGAAAGCCAAGAUGCCCCGGACCAUAGUAAAUUUAAAACAAAGGUACGACGCCUCUAUGACAUAGCCAAUGUUCUGACCAGCUUGGCUCUGAUAAAGAAAGUGCAUGUAACAGAAGAGCGAGGCCGUAAACCAGCCUUCAAGUGGAUCGGGCCUAUAGACUUCAGCUCAAAUGAUGAAGAACUGGUGGAUGUUUCUGCAUCUGUCUUACCAGAAUUGAAAAGAGAAACAUAUGGCCAGAUUCAAGUCUGUGCAAAACAGAAGCUGGCUCGCCAUGGUUCUUUCAACACAGUUCAGGCUUCUGAGAGGAUCCAGAGGAAGGUGAACUCAGAACCCAGCAGCCCGUACAGAGAAGAACAAGGAUCAGGUGGCUACUCUUUAGAAAUUGGAAGCCUGGCAGCUGUCUACAGACAGAAAAUAGAAGACAAUUCACAGGGAAAAGCCUUUGCCAGUAAGAGAGUGGUGCCUCCAUCAAGCGGCUUGGACCCUGUUGCUCCUUUCCCUGUCCUCUCUGUUGACCCAGAAUAUUGUGUUAAUCCUUUAGCCCACCCGGUAUUUUCUGUUGGUCAGGCGGACCUGCAGGCAUUCUCUGUGCAGAACGGUCUGAAUGGACAAGUGGACGUCUCACUUGCUUCUGCAGCCUCUGCUGUGGAGAGCCUGAAGCCGGCACUCCUUGCUGGCCAGCCUUUAGUGUACGUGCCCUCUGCCUCACUGUUCAUGCUGUAUGGAAGUCUGCAGGAGGGACCAGCGUCAGGGUCAGGGUCAGAGGGGGAUGACAGAAACUCAGCAGCCCCAGCCACAGUAGAGCUGUCAUCCGCACCCUCAGCUCAGAAGCGCCUCUGUGAGGAAAGGAAACCUCAGGAGGAGGAUGAGCCAGCCACGAAAAGGCAAAGCAGGGAAUAUGAAGACGGCCCACUGUCGCUCGUCAUGCCCAAGAAACCCUCAGAUUCCACAGACCUUGCCUCUCCCAAGACUAUGGGUAACAGGGCAUCUAUACCCCUCAAAGACAUUCAUGUGAAUGGCCAUCUCCCUGCUGCAGAAGAGAUUUCAGGAAAGGCAACAGCAAAUUGUUCUGUUUCUUCUGAGUGGGGAAGUCCUUCAAGAAAUACAGAUGCUGAAAAGCCUUCAAAAGAAAAUGAAAGCACCAAAGAGCCUUCUUUGCUACAGUAUCUUUGUGUGCAGUCUCCCACAGUCACCAGUUCCAGUGACCCCCAAGAGCAUCGAACGCACACAUCGUGAGACAUUUUUCAAGACACCCGGCAGCCUUGGAGACCCUGUCCUGAAGAGAAGAGAAAGGAACCAGUCACGAAACACCAGCUCGGCCCAGAGGAGACUGGAAAUCCCCAGCGGCGGGGCUGACUGACCUGCUGCUUUGCCAGGUCGGGGAGGGAUCAAACGCCUUGAGAGUCCCGGAUGUCCGAGACGGAACGCAAACCGUCCCGGCCUGAGCAUGGGUCCCUCCUCUCUCUUGCAUCCACACUUCUGUUAACUUCCCACCAUCAUCAAUCAUCUGAUUUCCUGAAAGUAAUUAAUUGUGCAUUUAAUACCAGUUAGAGUUCCGACUCUCUGCAUGGUGUCACAGUGAAAGCGCCGACUGACUUGAAUGGUUUUGAUUCAAGAAUCGUCUUAUUGCUGGAAGUAGAUCUGAAUAGGCUACCGGAGCCUUGUGGUUUUUCUAAAGAGGGGCGCUGUCUAGCACUUAACUAGGGUAAGCAUUCUUAACAUGUAUUUCCACUUACCCUGAGUAAAUCUGUGGUGAGAGAAGCUUCCUUUCUGCAGUUUAAAAAAGCUACUGCUUCCUUAGGCUUUAUCAGGAAGCCACCUUCAGUUGUGAAUCCUAUGGUAUUAUUUAUUUUGUUCCUGAAAUGGGAUUUAGUGCAAAAAGUUUACAACUACAGUCUUUAACACAUUUUUUUCAGGGUAUGACGACUUGAAUGUUUGUACUUUUAUUCUAUAAUUUGCCCUGCACUUAUUCUACAACUUAGUAAUAAUGUGGAUAAAUGUAUCUACAUGACACAUGUCAAGACCAAAAUAACUGUGAAUGACACACCUUGCUGUAAAUGAACUGUGCUAACCCUGACUGUGGGCAUGAGAACAAAGAUGAACUCUAGAACUCUAGCAGCCUAACUGCUGCUUCUCAAAUAACUGUGUGAACAGUGAGAUAUUACUGUUUGUUUCUAAAAAUCCUACUGUGCCCAGUUUCCUUCACUACAUGCCCUGCGUUUUUUAUUUAAAUGUUUAGCUGUAGAGCUAUCAGAUAUGGAUGUCUUCUAACAAUCGCUGUUUGUAAAAAUCAGGAUGGUAGAAAGUGAUUACAUGGGAAAUUGGAACCUGGAUGAGACCUUUUCGUUGAAUUCUGAAGAGUAAUUAUGUGAAAAUUGAUAUAGGGCAAGAGAUGAUUCUUUUGUUUUUCUUCUACUUCAUGUGCGGAAGAGUAAGAGGGAAAAUGGACAUAUGUUUCAUAACCAAGGGUAUUCAAACCGUAGUUAGAUGGUAACUCUGAAAAAUAAGUAUGGUGAGCACAGGGGUUGGUUGUUCUAGCAUGAAUACAAUUUUGGAAGCUGUUAUGCAAUUGCCCUUUUUUAACCCACGUUACUUUAGGGGUGCAUUAAGUAGCCAAACUAUACUAGUUCUUUGUAUUCCUAGACUUGCUGAUAUUUACCUCUCUCUUGUCUCUUCAGAGAACAAGGGAGCCAUUCUUUCCCUCCUACUUUCCUUCAUUCCCUCUUCCUUCCCUCCUUCCUACUUCUUUUCUUCCUUCCUUCUUCCUCUCUUAAAACUUCUAUCUUAGAUGUAGAAUCCUGGUGUAGGGUUUUAUUUUAUUUUUAUUUUUUGACCCAAUAAAAUGUUAUAUGAAAGAAUAAAAAUAUUAAUUUAAGAGACUCUGGGAGUCUGAAUAAAGUAGCUUUAUAUUAACUACAGGAUAAUAUUAGCCUUAUUACCCCCACAAGAUUUUUUUAAACUUGAGGUAGGUAGCUACAUUAAAUAAAUUUGCUACUUAUAUAAAAAUUUUUAUCAACACUAAACUUUUAAAGUUUACAAGAUUUUUUUUUUUUCCUUUUUUACAGUCUUCUAUAGAGUUAGGUUAAAAAUGUGGUUUUUAACCACAGCAACAAUUGCAUGGUACUGAUGAUCCUGAACUAAAACUGAUGGGUUCUCUAUCAAUCAAAACAAAUAAAAAUAUACCUUUUUCAGGUUUCAAUCUGUGCAGGGUGUAUGCAUUUUAACUCUUCCAUGCUUAAGAACUUCCACAAAAUAUUUCAUGGAGAGGUCUGCAUUUAGAUGGAAACACAAAUUACUUUUCCCCUCACUGUUCCUGAAUGCUGUAUACUUGUUUUAACAUUUUUGCUAUUUUUUUAUUCUGAUCAUGAUAUAACCAUCUUAACCUCAGAAUUCAUAUUUCUUGAGGGGUGUUAAGAAGCAGUCCCAUUGGUGAGGAUAUUAUGACUUGGUGACCAUACUUAGGAAUAGAAAACCAAGCACAAUUGCUUCUGUAUUCAGUAUCCACUUAAUGUGGCUUUAUAUGUAAAAAUAAUAAUGCAGUGGUUGUCAGGAAAAUGAAUCUUACAGAACAACUGGUGGAAUUGAAGCUGCUGCGCUAGAGUUGGAUAUUUUGGGUAGUGAAGAAGCAAUGGCAAUCUUGAGUCUAUUAUUGUAUAACUUAGUAAAAGAAAAAAAUAAUUGGUGGUGGUCCUACUAAGAGAAUGCAGCUUUUUUGAGUUGUCACAGAGGCUGUGUGUGCCCUACACUGACCAGGGUUUGUAAAACCCUUUCAUUCUGGUACAAGAGUCGGGGGUAUAACUUUUAUACUUGAAUCUACCUACCAAGUUUACAUUUCUCAAUUCCUUUUUGUAAGGUGCUAUUUCUGUAUUUAAAUAACUUUCUUUUAACGUAAAGCUGCUUUCUGCUUAUCUUAUUGCACUGCUAGUUGUAUGUAGGUAUUAAUUUUAUUGCUGCUUACUGCUUUUGUUUUCUUAUUAUUUAGCUCUGCUCUUUUUCCUAAUGGCUAUAUUAUGUAUAGCUAUUUACUUGUAACUGUACUACAUGUAAACUGAUUUUUUUGUUCUGAUUCUUUUCUAAUAUUUUUAGGAAAAUAUUAAGCUUUAUAAAAUAGCAAUAAAAAAUAAUUCAUUUAAGAA